AUGACUUCAAGUAGUUUCCUUGCUCAAAGAACAUUGCUUCAAUUAGCCAGCGAUUAUGAAACCGAAUUUCCUUUGGCUGUCAAUGCCAUCCGUCAGCAUACUUACGUCGAUGACGUGGUUAGUGGCGCUUCCAGUUUGAGUGAAGCUAAAUCACUUAUCUCACAACUCAAUCAAUUGAUGCUGAAGGGUGAACUCCAACUGCGAAAAUGGUCAUCUAACGUUGAUAGGAUUGAAGACGACUCGGAAUUGAAACCUCAACUUUCAAUUCUCACAACUACAAUAGUUGAGAAGUCUCACGCUCUUAAGUUCUUUGAAAAAUAUUCCAACCUUCACAAAGCAACACGUAUAUUUGCGUUUGUGUUGCGCUUCAUAAAAAAUUGUAAGCUGAAGGAAACACACAGGCACAAUCUUCGCAGCCAUAGAGCACAACCGGCGCGCCUCACCUCUCCGCAUCUGUCUGUUGCUGAAUGUCGUGCAGCACUAUUGAGUAUUGUCAAACUUACUCAAGAGUUCUAUUUCAUUGACACUUUCAAGCUUCUCAACAAGGGAGAAAACCCGCCGCGAGAAUUACACUCUCUAGCGCCAUUCAUCGAUCCAUCCGGUUCUCUCAGGGUGGGCGGACGUCUCAAACGAUCCUGUCUUCCGUAUGACAGCCGUCAUCCACUGCUGCUGCCGAAAUCAUCUCACCUCAGCACCCUCAUCUGCGAUCAGAUGCACCGAGAUCAUCACCACGUCGGCCCUCGCACCACUCAAUCACUAAUUGCGCGCAAGUAUUGGAUCAUCUCGGCGCGUAACCUGAUAAGAAGCCAAAUACGUAAUUGUGUCCACUGCACUCGUAUGCGAGCCCAACCUAAUCAGCCAGUGAUAUCUGAUCUUCCAGACUUUCGUGUUAGCGCAUCGUUCCCAUUCACCCAUGUUGGCGUUGACUUUGCGGGUCCUUUCUAUACAAAAUGCAGCCCACUAAAAAAGACGAAAUUAUACAAAGGCUAUCUCGCACUUUUUAUUUGCCUGGCUGUAAAAGCGAUUCAUUUGGAAUACGUGUCAGAAUUAACAACUGAGGCCUUUCUCGCUGCAUUCGACAGAUUCACAUCACGCCGAGGUCUACCAUCGCAUAUGUACUCUGACAACGUUUUAAAUUUUGUUGGAGCCGCUAAACACUUAUCAGAUAUUUCCAAAUUUGUGUCUGAUAAUAAUACUGAGAUAUUGAAUGGACUUGUCCAACGUGAGGUAACUUGGCACUUCAAUCCACCAGUUGCCCCAAACUUUGGGGGAAUUUGGGAAGCUAAUGUUAAAACUGCCAAAGUGCUAUUAAAAAAUCAGAUUGGUGACACACCAAUGACUAUGGAAGAAUAUUUCACUGUUUUUUCUCGUAUUGAAGCCAUUAUGAAUAGCCGUCCGCUGCUAGAGCCCUCCCCGGACCCCAACGAAAACACACCGCUAUUGACACCUGGUCAUUUCUUGAUUGGACGACCACUGCUUCAGGCCGUGGAGCUUCCUCUAAAUGACUCCACCUCAAAUCGGCAACUUGGACUCACCUGCGUCAAUUAG